CAGCACAGGAUAUGGUACGACUCAGGAGGGAUUUAUUCUCAAAUUAUAGUCGUGGAAUUGUGCCUGUUCAUAACCAAAGCGAAUCAGCACAAGUUCAUAUGGACUUUUUUCUCAUUAUGAUCCACGAAUUGGAUAUGAAAAAUCAAGUGCUCACAGCAAGUGGUUGGUUAAAAAUAGAAUGGCAAGACCAGUUCCUUACCUGGAACGAGACUGACUACGGUGGCAUUGAUGAAGUCAUUGUGUUCCAGAGGGAGGUCUGGCUUCCAGAUUUAUUUGUGGAGAACACAGCACAAAAUUACCGUGAACUGGGGAAUGACGCCAUGCUGAUAAGCGUUCAUCGUGACGGCCUCAUAGUCUGGGAACCCGGUAUUGUCGUUGAAACCAGCUGUGCAGUUAAUAUAGGAAAAUACCCAUUUGACUCUCAAAUUUGUGAUAUUCGAUUCUUGACUUGGAUGCAUACAAACAGAACUCUACGGGUGGACCCAGGUCAUGAUAAAAUUCACCUGGAACCUACGCUACCAAAUGGCGAAUGGGAUAUCACUAAUACGAAAGCAGAACGCUAUGCAUACCCCUCCACGUACCGUAACGGGACAGAACACACUGGCGUUACGUUCCAAGUGCACCUCCGUAGAAAGAGGACAUUUUACAUAUUGAAUACCAUCAUCCCCGUGGUAAUGCUAUCACUGCUGAAUGUACUGGUAUUCAUUUUACCUGCUGAUUGUGGAGAACGUAUGGCUUUAGCCGUCACCGUGCUGCUGUCGUUUACUGUCUACUUGGGGAUUAUAAGUGACGUUAUGCCAAAGACUUCGGAAAGUUUGUCACUACUGGCUGUAUAUUUGACUUCCCUUCUUUCAAUGAGUACAUUGUCAGUGUUAUGUGCGGGAAUGGUGCUGAAUAUUCACCAUAAGGAUCCCAAGACGCCAAUCCCUGCUUCUGUUAAGUAUAUUCUUGGUGGUCAACAUCGACGGUCAGUCAUCCGCGAUAAGAUGAUCGAAGCGGAUGCACAGCUGAAUGAAGGAAUAAUCAUACACACGCACAGGCGGUACACAGACGAUAUGAAUGACUGCAAGUGCAAAGAAAACGGUGAAAGUGAACCCAAUAAUAGUGAAAAAGUUCUUCCACACGAAUGUCAAAGACUCGUUAAAGAGGUUGAAGAGAUGAAAUCUCACGAGAUCUCAUGGCACGACAUUGGGAAGUCCCUGGACGGUGCAUUAUUCUGGGUGUUCUUUAUCGUUACAAACACAAUAACAUGUAUAAUAUUAACGUUGUUUGUUAGCUAGUUGUUAUUGGAUAUACUUCUGUUGAAUUUUAUUCCAUGCAAUAUUUCACACUUGAGUUUGUGUUUCAAUACGACGGAAGGACUGCGGUUUGUGCUGGCAGACCUUUUUCAAGAAUGAGGACUCCAAUUAAAUAAGUGCUGGCCGAAUGUUCCCGGUAUUGGACCGGUAUUGGACCUCUUCUGUACAUAGCCGAAGUGUCUCAAGACUAUCUGAUAAUGUUUUGGAUGUUCCAUUAAUGAGGUAGAAGGGGAAACACCACACUAACGUAGGUAGUCAGUGAUUCAACACAGGCACCACUGAAGCUCCUGCCUAUAAGACAAUAAGAACGUUUUGUGAUAGCCACAUGCUUAAGAUGAUAAAUACACAGGCGAAAAUAGGACCAGGUGACCAAUGCAACUGUUCGACAUUAUCAUUUCUCGGGUAAACUGUCAUGAUAAUAUAUUUGUUCGACGUAACAUUUCAGUUUGGUAUUUCGAUAUUGAAAUAUAAAAUAUAUAAUAUUGAUUUUACCAUAU